CAUUUUCUUAACGUGAUGCAUAGGCUGGCCAGUUGAAAGUUCAAAACAAAAUCAGCCCUUGACACAAUUUCUUGAAAAUACAAAUUUAUGUUUUGUCAUGUACAAAUUUAAAAUUAUAUUCUUCUGGUACGUAGUCUGAGAUGCAUGGAGACUUGUGUGCAUUGACUCAAUGUGCCCCAUUCAUUCAGUACUAAAGAGUUAAAAAGCAUCAAUAAAAACAUAGAAACUAAUCAGAAUUUGAGAAACGGUUCUCUCUACAAUUGAGAAUGAACAUGUGCCAACCUCAGGGAAAUAUGCGACGUGGCAUAAGUUUAUACUUCUUGACCAAAUCGUGAGGAAGUAACACCACACAAAAUGACAAUGUUAAUUGCAUUUGCGAAUUAUGAUCAUAAUUAGAAGUGAAAUUAAUUGUGAGUGCGUAAAAUGAUCUACUAAGCAAGUAAUAGUAGUAAUAAACUAGUAUUAAUGAUAAAUUACAGCGUAUGACCCACUAAAUUUCUCCAUAGGAAAUAGGGAAAGAAUGGUGAAAAUAAUCAGUCAACAAAUAUAAAUGAAAGAAUAGAUUGAGACCAAAGAUGCAUAGGAAAUAGAGAAAGAGAAUAACGUGUUCCUUUGGUGGCCUAAGAUUCUUCCUACAAUUACACUUUUUGACUCUCUUUUCUUUGUUUAUUAAUUAACAUUAUUCCCCUCUUUUGAUCAGUAUUCAAAUAUAAAUUAAAUAUUCUUUUCAAAAUUUACACCAUGAACAUUUUCAGAAAAAAAAAAUGUAAAAUGAAUUUCCGUUUUAUUGAAGGUAUUAAUUUCAUUAUAUAAAUAUAUAUAAAAAAGAAGUCUUGAAUUAUGGAAGUUUUGACAUUUGAGUCCAACUCCACACAUAUUAAUAAUUCAUAUUAACAAAAUUAUGGAACAUGGGACAGUGGCCACUGGACAGAGGUGAAGGAAAAAAAAAAAAGCUAAAAAGGAAAAGAGAAAGCUUGAGAUGGGAUGAGACAGUAAUGAAAAUCUACGAUUGUGUAAAGUGAAAAAGAAGAGUCAAGAGUAUGGUGUUAGUGGUGUAACUUUAAUCACAAAAAGGCAAGAAGACCAACAUCAGCAAAGCUUGUUACCUCUCCAAAUGGGGAUCCAAUUCCAGAUAGCUCAACCCAUCUGAAAUCUCGAUCUCUAUCUUCCUCACUCUCGGUAUAUAUUUAUAAAAUUAUUGUGGUGGUGGGCAAGUGAGAGGAUUUGUGUUUUGGGUUGAAAUAAAAAACUUGAGCAACAAUGUACGGCAGUAAAAUGGCUUCUGACUCCAAUCGACACAUAAUUGAUUCACAUGGUCCCUCCAUGCGUGUUUAUCAAGUUUGGAAAGGAAACAAUAGGUUUUUUCUCAAAGGAAGACUCAUAUUUGGUCCAGAUGUGAGGUCAUUGUACCUUACAAUCUUCCUAAUUGUGACUCCAGUCAUUCUGUUUUCUGCUUUUGUUUCUCAAACACCCAUUAAUGGUAGACACAGUCUCGGAAAUCUCAUUGUUAUCAUAUGUGUUGUCUUCACAAUAUAUGUUAUAUUUCUUCUCUUCCUUACAUCUGCAAGAGAUCCUGGCAUUAUUCCUCGGAACCAGCAUCCUCCAGAAGGGGAAAGAGAUUGGGGGGCUGCAAGUCAUGCUGAUAGUAGAGGAGCUGGAGCUGGAGCUGGAGCUGGACCUCCCACAAAAGAUGUCAUGGUUAAUGGAAGUGUUGUUAAGGUCAAGUACUGUCAAACGUGCCUGUUGUAUCGCCCGCCACGAUGCUCUCAUUGCUCCAUCUGCAACAACUGUGUUGAGCGUUUUGAUCACCAUUGCCCCUGGGUAGGUCAAUGUAUUGGGAAGCGGAAUUACAGAUUCUUUUUCAUGUUUGUCUCGUCAACAACCAUGUUGUGUCUUUAUGUUUUUGGAUUCUGUUGGGUGAACAUCAAAAAAAUAAUGGAUGUCUACCACUGUAAUCUGUGGAGGGCUUUCAUAAAGUCACCAGUUUCAGGAAUUCUGAUAUUGUACACAUUUAUAGCAGCUUGGUUUGUGGGAGGUCUCACAGUGUUUCAUCUCUAUCUAAUAACCACCAAUCAGACCACCUAUGAAAACUUUCGAUAUCGGUAUGAGGGAAAAGUAAAUCCAUACAACCGGGGAUGUGUUGGAAAUUUUGUGGAAGUAUUUUUGUCUAGAAUUCCAAAAUCUAAGAACAAGUUCAGGGAAAAGGUGAAGGGGGAUUCAUCUUCUGCUUUUAACAGUUGGAGAUCUUUAGGCCAUCCAAAUCCAAUGAGCCCUCCUGAGAUGAACAAAACAAGCAUUGACAUGAUGGAGAUGGAGAUGGAGAUGGGGAAGCGACAAGCAGUGGGUGCUGAGGAUUUUGAAGAUAUAAGGAGUCAAAUAGAGAGUGUUGGUAUGGAGGCAAGGCAUAGAAACUGGGAAAUUACACCUGAUAUUCAAAUGUUGGCUUCUGAGUUUGGAAUGGAGUAUGGUUCCACGCCAAGACAGAAAAUUCAUGGAAGUCUUUAGCCUUCAAAGCCAAAAAAAAAUAAAUAAAAAUGAUGGGAAUUAAUGGGAUGGCACAUACAUACAUGCACAUGUUACUUGUUAUUAUAGUAGACAAGACAAGGUCACAUGGGGAUUGAGAUGCUUUGCUUGUAUUGAAUUAGAACUUUAUGAUAUAUAUUGUAUAAUAUACCCUUGUUAAGCUCAAGACAAGAGAAAACAUUGUAAGCUUUGAUUUAAUUCGAUUCUUUUUUCUUUGUUUGGUCA